UCCUACACCUCCUGCACCUGAUAGAUAAAGAGCAGGUCCUGGUCGGGCAGUCGGGCGUGGCUUUCCCUUUCUUGAUGGAAGAGUGGGAGUAUGUAGAAAGACACAAGGAUCUGUACCGGGACACCAUGAUGGAGGAUCACCGGCCCCUCCCAUCACAAGAUGGAGUCAUUGAUGGAAAUCCACCUGAGAGGUGUCCCCACUCUCUGUAUUCCCAGGACUGUCCAGAGGGAAAUUUCCCAGAGAAGCAUCAGGGGGAGUAUCUGGCUAUUAUUAAAGUUGAAGAUGAAGCAGAAGAAGAGAGGAUGAGGGGCCAUCACCCGUGUAUGAAGGAGGAAAUUCAAGAUGAUGUUACCCCAGCAUCCAAACAGAGGAACCAAAGACACUGCAGAAUGUCAAGACGGGGGCGCGGUUCACGGGGACGUGGACGUGGCAGAGUUGCUGGGUCCAGAAUGGACAUAGAUGUGGAAGCCCUUAUAUUUGAGGUGCAUGCUCGCCCCUACAUUUGGGAUCCUUCAUCGCCCGGGUUCCACAACCGCCAUUUACGCAAACAGGCUUGGCAUGACAUCGCCUCGCUGGUGUACCCGGCAUGGAGCGAGCUAUCGGAAGCCGGCCAGGUGCAAAUGUCUAAGGAUGUCGAGACGAGAUGGAAAAGUGUCCGGGACCGCUUCAGCAGGGAGCGCAACCAGCAGGAGCGGAGCGGGGCCUCUCCAUCCCGCUUACCACCGAUACCGUACGCGCAGCAGCUGAGUUUCCUGUUGCUUGGCCGGAGACACCGGGUAACAAGCGGCACUUACCAGGAACAGUCUUCUAGUCCGGAAUCUCCCGAAAGCCAACUGGGGUCCCAGCCGCAGGAGAGGCAACCGGCCCCUUUGAUGGCCACACCGGUAGCCAGCUCUGGUGGAUCGGAGGGAGAACAACUGGCGGGCCCUUCUGGCCUGUCUGCGGAGGAGGAAGAGGAAUGGAGAGGAGAAGGGGCUGCGGCUCCACCAGAAACAUUUCGGAACGUGGGCCCCUCGCCAUCAUGGCCGGUAUUCCCCCGCGCAGCAGCUCCUCCCCCCGCAGCCAACACCUAUCAGCGUCCGGCCCCUCCAUCCUGGAGCGCUUCCACCCAAAGGCCCGCUCUUCGGAUUCUCCGGAACCCUGACCAACUUGCAGCCACGGCUGAUGCGGAGACCAUGCGGCUAAUCCGGAGAAUCAUCAGCCUCGAUGACGAGUUUGACAACUUUGGCAAAAGCAUUGCGUCUCGCUGCCGCCGGUUGCCCACCAACAUAAGCUGCCAGCUAAGAACAGUCAUUGAGAGUGUGGUGUCAGUCUAUGAGCGGGCCGACCCUGCCCAACUGGCCGCACCCGGAUAUCUAGGUGACCUGGUAGGGCACCUCUGCGGCAUCAACCCCCCACGUCCUGCUGUGUCUUUGGCUCCUCAACUAAUGCCAAGAUCCAUCACCACCCAGACUUCACCGGGUUAUGUCCCUGACCCUAAGCCUUCUGUCCCUAUUGCUUACCCCCAAUCUGCCCCACCUCAUAACCCCCAAACUGGUCCUCCUCCCCCACCCCGUUAACCCAAAACUGCUCUACCUGGCCCCCAGCCCAAUUUUGGCUAUAUGGUACAAAUCUCCAAAAACAGCAAUGAUAUGCUAGCAGUGGGCAUUCACAUUGUGCCCACCCCCUUCCUGCUUAGGCCCCUUCGCCCUCCUCAACCUUCCACAACCUGAUUUUUUAACAUUUUUUGCAUGGUGGUAGAUGCAUUCUUUUAUUUUUCUCAUAUAUGCAUUUUUUUAUUUCUUUGUCAUAAUAAAUAUUAACCCCUUCCCCAGUCAGCAAUUUUUGCCAUGUUUUGUAGCUCAUCUAAGCACCAAAAAAAACCUGAAAAAAAUUAUUUUUUCUUUGUAUGGGAAUUAAUAAGUAGUUUUUUUUCUGAUUAUUUUUUUUCACAUACAGAGCCAUGAGAGGGCUGGUUUUUUUUGUCUCGUUUUUUUGCGGGACCAAUUAUACCUUUUAAAGACGCCGUUCGUUUUACCAUAACUUGUACUGCAAAAUAAAAUUAAAAUAAAAAAAUUGUGGACAGAAAUUAAAAAAAAAAAACUGCAAUUCUGAAACUUUUGAGGCAUUUAUUUUUUGUGUCGGACUUGUUAUCUUUAUUGUGCAGAUCAGUACGAUUACGGUGAUAACAAACUGCUUGGUAUAAUUUUUAUGUUUUAUUACUUUAAAAAUAAUUUAAAAAAAACUUCAAUAAAAUAAAAAAAUCAUUUAGAAUCACUAAAUUCUAACCCUUAUGUUUUUUCCUUCCUUUUUUGUACUAUUAUGUGUACCCUUUUGGUGUCCAUGGGACUUUUUGA